CCGCAGACCAGAGGGGGAGAGAGAAACGAGACAAGGCAGGCAAGUUGCUGCUCGUCUCUUAUACCAGAACACCCUACGUCUGGUCCGCAGCCAUCAUCGUCUCUGCCUCGAAGGAGACAAGAUGAACGGCGUCGGCUUCGUGUCCAAUGCGAGCAGCAGAGGCGCCUUCGCUCUCCUCUUUCCGAGCACAUCUUCCUCUUCCUCCUCGCGAUUACCAGCAGCAGCAGCAGCAGCCUCUACCUUCUUCCAGACCAGCAAUACGACGACAAGAGGCCACUCUACUGCUCGGAUACCAAGCUGGACAAGAAGGUGCGACGGCCAGAGUGACAGAUCGAUAUCCUCGGUUACGCCGUCCAGUCUGCAGCAACUGAUACAAGCGGCCAAGGAUGCAGCCGUGUUCUCCUGGCCGCAUUACCUGCAGGGAACAGUAGAUAGAGCAAAGCCGUCUUUGUUAGCAGCAGCCAAUUCGAUCUCUUCGUUGAAUUGCUACAGCGACGUCCUCUCCAGCCAUGCGGUGCUCAGUAGACCAUCACGGUCCACAGCUCCAGCUGCGAAGGGCUCACUGAAGAAGCGGGCAGGAGGACCAACACGGCCUCUUCUACCCUCCCAGCCUCCUCGUAAAAAAGCUACUCCUCCCGCUCCUCCCCCUUCACCACGGCCUGAGGAAUCGCAACCUCCUGCUCCGCCUCCUGGCAACAGUGCAUCCUCUUCGUCUCGACCGCCUCCGCCGCCAUCGCCUCCUGCGGAACCGCGACCCUACAUCCCACAACCCUCUCAGAGGACUGCAACACAAACUUGGUACCACGCUCCCGACACUGGUCCUCACAGUAGCUCUCCUGGCUCCCUCUCCUGGUACAUCUCCCAAAUCGACCGACUUCCCACCCCUCUUCUAAUCUACAGUCUCAUAGCCCUCAAUCUCCUCAUCUUCUUCUCCUGGCAAUAUGCCCUCACUUCCUCCCGCACCAAGCAAGGAGACCCAACCUGGCCGCUCUUUAUGAUGAAUAACUUUGUACACAGUCAAAGAAAUUGGGAAGAGGGGAGAUGGUGGAAUCUACUCACGGCAACGUUCAGUCAUGCCAUUCCCCAGCACUUGGGAAUGAAUAUGCUCUCGGUAGCACUCAUCGCGCCUGCGCUCGCGAUGAAAGUCGGCUCAGCAAACUUCCUAGGAGUAUACCUGCUAGGAGGAGUAGCAGGCUCGCUAGCCUCUUCGCUCAAUUUCCUCUGGCUAGAACCAAAACUCCAACCUAAUCAAAUUCUCAAGCGCCCAAGGCCAGAAGGAGGUUACUCGACACUAGGCGCCUCCGGCUCCGUAUUCGCCCUAUUGGCAACCCUCACCUUCCUAGAUCCAAGACAGCGCUUCAUGUUCUUCUUCAUUAUUCCAUGCAGUGCUCGUAUCCUCCUAGGUGGAAUGACACUGAAUGAACUUGGAGGCUUGUACUUUGGAAGGGAUUUAUUGGGACAGCUCUUUGCAGGAAAGACGGAUCAUGCGGCGCAUCUGGGGGGAAUGUAGAAGGUGAGAGGGAGGAGGAGGGAGAGCCACGGAAGAGGAGGAGGCCUCAUGUGGCGAGAAUGUAACAUUGUACUAUAGACUGUUGGAGACACCUGCUUCACCAAUCACGACGGUGUACUAGAUCAUGUCAGACCGGACGGAGUGAGUCGGCGAGAGAGCGCUUUGCCGCCAAGGGCCGGCC